AUGUUGAGGUCCUGUGGUUCAUUGAACCUGCAGAAACCGACAGCCAUUUCGCCCAACCCCGAGCCCCAUGUUGGCCGUAUGGACGGUAAACGAUCUCUGCCCCUCGGAAAGAGGACGGAGCCGAGGAAACGGAAAGAUGCCCCGGUGACCAAAGACCCCAAAACUCGACCCCAAGAUGGACGACCAACGACGACGACGACAACGACGUCGCGCUCUACGAAACGCGUAAAAUUCCAGGAUGCCCGCAACAUUCGCACCCAGCCGUCCGAUGCUGCCCUCGAAGACGGCAAGCUCGACCUGCAGAAAUUCCUCAAUGCCCGCCAGUUCGAGAUCAAGGCCCUCGAGAAUAGCAUGCGCAAAUGCAAGGCCAUCAAUGCAACCCGCGUAUUCCAGCAAGUGCCCCGCGCCAUGCGGCGGAGGACCGCAAGCCACAAUGCCAAAAGGGUUCCCAAGAGAUUGCGCGAGCAGGCGAAGAGGGAGAUGAGGGAGGACAACACGCCGACCGUCGAGGCCAGAAAGCGCCGCCCUCGUACAACCCGAGCCCGCAUCCGCGCCGAGACCGCCAAAAAGCUCGGCAUCCUAGCUGCGAGGAAAAGGAAGAAGCUACUGGAAAAAGCCACCGCCGAAGGAAACUCGGCUGCAGGAGGGGAGAAGCCAACCGUGCACACCAGGCUAGCGAGGCCGAAAAUUCGACGCGACAUGCUCAACGAGCCGCCCAAGGCCGAGUCCAAGUUCAGGAAAAGGCAAAUGAACAAGACGUGGUUGCCGACACAUCUCUGGCAUGCGAAACGGGCAACUAUGACGGAACCAAGCAAACCAUUGUGGCGCUUCGCUGUCCCGCUCACCCCGACCGAGAAAUGCUAUCGCCCGACCCAUCGUGCCUCAGGCCAAAAGGGGGUUGUGGUGUGGGAUAUGAGCUACAUGAGCACCAUUGGUCUAUACGGGACGGCUGAUGGUGCCGAACGCGUCUUGAAGGGCCUGGGGUUGACGCAAGAAAGCGCCUGGGGCGCCCGAGGACAAAAGUGGAGGGCCGGCGUGCGGAAAUGGACUGGCAUCCUCAGCAAACCGACCAAAGACUCGAGGCGAGAUAUCGGGCCUGCGACCAUCGUCUGGAAUCCCCAAGCACCCGCCCAGGGCGACGAUGUUACGGACUCGAACCGCCCAAAGAAACCGCAGAGACAGCUAUUCAUUCGCACUCACCCGUCAUGCUUCCUUGAGCUGUUCCAGGAACUCCUCAAGCUUGCGAAGAUGCAAAACCCUCGGCUUCAUAUCGAAGAUCUGCGCUUCGAGAUCGGUAGUAUCGAGCUCACUGGCCCUGCCUCUACCGAGGCACUGCUCGGCGUCCUUCAACCAUACCGUGGCAAGUCAAACAACCAGGAGCCCCAUGGUCAGGUUUUCCAGUCACUUGCCGGAGUUGCAAAUCCCGCAUCGCUCCCUAGGGAUGCACUUCUGGCCUUCUCGGUGCAAGACCCUCGGCUGACGUAUCCGCCAAAAAGAGUGAACAUCCCAGAUGGCCGUGCGGAUGGGCCUCUUGUUGAAACGCUCACCAAAUGGCCUGUCGAAGAGGGGUUGAAACCAUUCGAUAUCUUCAGCCGGGAUCGUCGAUUCCAGGCCUCACAACUACCCUCUCAGAAGACCAUCAACCGCCGGAGAGGGGCGAACCCGCCUGGGGAGACCCUCCAGGUGACUGCGGCCGACCCUCCAAUUCCCAUCAUGCUGCUCGCCUCGAGACCAUCUACGGAUGGACAGGCUCAAGGCACAUGGACGUUGUUGGCCCCAUGGAAGUGUAUCAUGGCCCUUUGGGGUUCUCUUAUGCACUGCCCUCUCUCGACGGGCGGCAACCCCCGACUUGGCGGUUUAAAUGAGCAAAGACAAAUCGCGUUUGAGCACGGUGCUCCGUGGUUCCCUGGCGACUUCCCAGCAACCGACGCCGGGCGUAAUUGGGAACUGGAGCAGCGAGUCAAGCGAAAGCGGGAUUGGGAUCGCCGCCCGAAAGGCAAGAGGGUCGAGUGGAAGUCGCUCGACCUCGGUGCUAGCCGGAAAGGCGAGACCGGAGACGGUUUGGCUUGCGAUUUCGAACAUUUGUUUGCCUUCUCCCAAGCGACGAACUUGUCGAUCCCGGAUGCGACCGAGAUGGACAUUGAUCCCCCGGAACGGUCGGGAGAGGCCGAGCCCGUAGAGGUCCCCGACCCUUCAGCAACAGCCUUGGGGCUGAUUCGACGCCUGCCAAAGCCGGCUUUCAUCUCGCUCCUCGGAUUACCCAAUCCAGCCAAGCCUCCUGCGAACACCAUCGUCACAAUUCAUUUAACCUUCGUCGCAAGAGGCGUCGCAAACAACUGCGCCAGGAUCUACCGGCUGCCCUCCCGGAAGCCAGCAAGGAUUGCCGACCCAUCUGACGAGGUCGAAGUUCUCGCGUCCGACCCGACCUCGACUAACUCACCAGGAUCCCUCCCUCGAGACCUGAGGGAUCAGUGGCUUCGGGGGCUGCCGAACCCAAAGAACAGGGGCUCCGAUCGUAGAUCCCGGUUGGUGGGCCCCCCACAGAUGCCCCCCGGCAUCGAUAUGGAGUCACGCAAAAAACUCUUAGCGCAAUCACUCGUCGCGACAGAACUCCCCUACCCAAGACCGGCUGCCAAUGAGCUCGACGUUGGCGGGCACCAUCCCCUGUGCCCGGACACGGAGGAUUUGCUUGGGUUUGUGACGACGGGCGCGUUCAGUCUGAGCGAGGGCAGGGGUACGGCAAUCGGCUCCAUCUCGGCAGCGAAGGCGCUCGAGUCGGUGGCGGAAGCGGGAACCAAGGAAGGGAAGCUCUGCAUCGUCAGGAACGCGGGCGAGAAUGUGGGCUGGUUGGCGAGGUGGGAACUUGUUUGA